UCAGUGUAUAUUGUGUCCGAGUGGUAAACGCCAGCGGACUGCCUCUCGUCAUGGGCAGUCAGUGGGUGGUGGUGGUGGUGGCAGUCGGGGCGUGCCUACUGUACAGCCCUGAGGCCCGGCCAACAGACCCUGCAGCGCCCUUCCCCUCCCGCAGCACCGUCAGACUCCAGCAGCUCUCCUCCCGCACCCGCUCGUCUCUGAACAGGGUGUGGGACUCGAAGCUGCAGCGGUACAGAGGCAACAGCGCGCAGAAAGAGGCGGUGAACUUCUUCGAGACUCCUGGAGAUGGGAAGUACACGUUUGGUUACUCCGGUGGGCGUGACAGCGGCUCGCACCUCCAGGCCUCCAAUGGGCAGGGCCAGACCGUGGGCAGGUACUCCUAUGUGGACGCAGAAGGCAAGGAUGUCCAGGUGCAUUACGUGUCAGGCAAGGAAGGCUUCAAGGUCAUCAGUAACAAUCUGCCAGAGGAGACGGACGAGGUGAAGCGAGCCCGUGAGAACUUCUUCAAGAUUUUCGAGGAGAAGAAGAAGCUUUUGGAGGAGACGCGGCAGCAGAGGGCACGCAGCAGGCAGAGGAACAGGAACAGGCAGACGGCAGGGAGUAAAAAAGACACCAAGCCAACACAAACCUCGAAACCCAGGCAACUCUCACAAGCCAAGACAAACCGACUUCACAACGCCAGGACCAAACACCAGCAACCUCAACCCGCCAGGAAGCAAAACCAGCGACCAAACCAGCAACUUCAACCCGCCAGGACCAAGCACCAUCAACUUCAACGCGGCAGGAGACAAAACCAAAGCCGAAACCAAGUCCUGGAAACCGCGGCCAGUCACGCACGGCAGCCAAGAGACCAGCGGGGCGUCCAGCGUGGUCCGGGAGCCGCGUGCGUGCUGAGACCCAAGUAAGAGCAGAGGAGAGGCCGCCUGUGCAGACCGCCUCCGUCUCUCCUGCAGCCACGGGAGCACAGCAAGCCAGGGAGGAGGGAGCGGGAGAGGGAGAAGAGGGAGAAGAGGGAGAAGGUGAAGAGGGAGAGGGUGAA